AUGCUAAAUGCUAAGCUGCAUCACAUUAAAACAUCAGUGAACUCUGACAAACCCAGCUGCGAUGUAAAUAAUCCACGACCGGUUAUAGGAGUGGCAAUAGUUAAGAAGGUAGAAGUUGAUAAUAUGGACAAAGAUCGAUUAUUGAGUUAUGCUUCAAUAUUCUCCUACUAUCUAUUCAAAAAAUGGAAUCUACCGUCUCACUGUCAUUCAGAAUCCGGUAAAAUUAUAAUACUGUACUCGAAAGACGAUGGAGUGUUAUAUACAAUUGCUGGAAAUCUACUAAGACGCAAACUUACAACCAAACAAAUAAUAAAUAUUGCUUUACAGUCACGAGUACAAUUCUCAACGAGUAUAAGUGAUGGCCUUGCGUAUAUUAUAGAAAAAUACAGGGAAGCAGUGGAAUCGCGAUCAAAAGACUUGUUUGACAAUGUCUAA